CGGGGCGGUGAGGAGGGUGGAGGGGCAGGCCCGACACCCGAUAUGCCGGGAGAGGAUGUGGUUAUGACUGUGCGAGGAAAGAUGCCGGUGGAGAGUGGAGUUGAGGGCGUGCCACAGGGGCGCAAGAGACAGCGGCAGUCAAGACUGGACGAGGUGUACGAUCCGGAUGGGAAGGCCGGAUUCAGGGACACUUUUUUGCAGUGGGCCUACGAUGCCGGUAUUCCGUUCGCUGCAUUUAGGAGGCAGUCAUGGCUUCAGCACAAGAAGCAGUUGGCCUCCAUGCCUCGUGGAGUGCAGCCAAUUUAUCCGUCCUUCAAGGACAUCGGGGGUGCUGGUAUUGAUGAGCAGCGAGGGAAGGUUGCCGCGAUGUUGAGGGAGGUCCGUAGUACGUUUGAGUCGAUAGGGGCCACCAUUUUGUCGGACGGUAGGCAGUCGCGAGACGCUAGGCCUAUAGUCAACUUCCUCGCAGCUGCCAAGCGCGGUGCCCUCUUAUACGCCACCGUCCAGCGAGACGGUUCAGUGUCCGAGACGGCACAGAUCGUCCUGAGGAGAUGGAAGGCCAUUUUUCGGUCUUUCCCUCCGAAGGACGUGUUGGCCAUUUGCACGGACUCUGCGUCGAACUACACGUCGACCGCAAAGCUCCUUGCGAAGGACUCUGAUCCGAACAUUCGCCGUAUCACUUGGCUCCCGUGUGCCACCCACGUGGCCAACUUGAUGUUGACUGACAUCGGGACACGGGUUCCUUGGGUUACGGACACCAUUUUCAGUGUUCGAGCGUUGGUGCGAUUCAUUAAAUCGCACGGCGCGGCUUAUCAGCUGUUCAGGGUGAAAAGCCGUCGCCGCACAAUUGUGCACCCAGUGGAGACGCGUAAUGCCUUGGAGAGCAUGCUUCAUGACGACGAGUGGGACAAGAUCCCAUGGGAGUCGUCGAAGCGUAGACAGGCUCUGUGGGUUCGACAGCUCAUCCGCUGCGCCGAUUUCUGGCGCAACGUUCAGCACGCUGUCGCAGUCAUGACCCCUGUCCACCAACUGCUGAGGAGAUUGGACAGGGGCGGCAUGAUCAUGUCCACGAUGUACUCAUGGUCACAGGAGUUGGUACGGCAGGUGGCUGCUGCUGACGUCCCUGAUGACAUGCGGGGGCCUUGCGUGGAGGCGGUGCAGAUCUGCACUAUGCAUAUGCUCAAGCCUGCGCACGCUGCGGCGCACCUGCUCAACCCCCGCAGAUGCUCUCUCCGUUACUACGAGUGCGCCCGCAGGACAGCUGCGGACCUCGAGGUCGUCACCGAGUGCGACUCGUUUUUGUUGGCGCAGACAGGCGGUGAUCGUGCUGGGGAUGCAUACUUGCGGGUGCGUGAGCAGAUGCGAUCCUUCCACUCCAGGGGCGGCCACCACACAGAGAGGGUGACGAGGGACGCCGAGGUGGAGGCCUGUGUAGGGGACGAAGAGACGAGCAGGUGCGCGUCAUGGUGGGUGGAGCACGACGCAUGCUUCCCGGACUUGCAGGAGAUCGCUGGCCGUGUGAUGCACAUGUGGACGUCCGCCUCUCCUGCUGAGAGGAAUUGGGCAGAGCAUGAGCGCAUCCACAUGGCCAAGCGCAAUAAGCUCGAGUUCAGGAAGGUCGCACAGUUAGUUGAGAUUGCUACAAAUCUCCAACUACUUGGAUGCAGCGAGCGGAGUGGGGGGUACGUUCUUCCGUGGGGUCACAUGGCGACCUUGGCUGAGGCGCAGCCAGAGGAGUAUACACACCCGGUAGUCGCAAAUGAGGAUGAGGAGGAGGAGCCUGAGCCAGAGGAGUGGGGAGCUAGACCUCAGACAGCAGUGCCGGCACACGAGAUCGCUGCACAGGGAGCCGUGCGGCCCGCGCCUGCCGCCGAGGGUCUGAGGAGAUCGGCGAGGCUGCAGCAGACGCAGGCGGGAUCGACUUCAGGUGGUAGACGCGAGGCGUCAUACCACCUAGACGACAUCAGAGAUGAGGAGCAUUUGCCGAGCCAGCAUACGCCCGCCUCGGCACCUCCAGGCGACAGUCAGCAGAGGGAGUUGCGCACGAGUGACUUUCAGGGCCUUGGACCAGGAUUUGUGGGCAGCGGUGUUCGAGGGCGGUCUGAUGGGCGAGAGAGAGUGGGGGAUGAGGCCGAGUACCAUCCUGUGCAGGGUGGUGGUCCAGAGUCCGUGGAGGAGCUCCAUGCUUGGAUGGAUCGAGAGGAGGAGCAGCGGCUGGAGCAGUUGCAGAGAGAGUGGGUGGGCAGAGAUAAGUACAUGGCGGAGCAGCAGCGUGCUAGAGACUGGGAGACGGGUACUGCAGCCCGUGAUGAGGGUGGGGUAGAGCAUAGCGUUCGUACAGUCCCGCACGCAUUUCCAGCCGAAGCAGCGAUACCCGAUACCGCAGUGCCCGAGACGUCGCCCCAGGGAGAUGUGGACUCCGGGUCUGCCACGGGAGGAGAGUUAGGUGCGUCUGAGUAUGGCGAUCCGACCGUGUCCGACGUCAUAAUUAGGUUGUGUGCGGCGGGCACAUUGCAGCCAGGCGAUGCAGCCACUCAGGAGGCAGUUCCCAUGGACGACGAUUCAGGCGAGUUGGAUGGACGCCGCAUACCCGAUGCGGAGGGCGAUGAUGGGGCGGGUGAUGCCGACCUGUGGCGUCAUGUGACGCAGGGUCAGAGGAUGGGGACGUGGCAGAAGAGGCACGGGGACUACAAGCUCCGCUGCAAUUACUGCAAGCRUGUGUGGGAGGGCAAUUUGUUCAAGGCGCAACGACACUUCACGCAGCUGAAGAGGUGCGCRGCGGCAACGAUGGACGUGUUUGUGGACAUUUGGAACCACACAGAGUACGAGUUCGAUGACCGUCAUCACCRCGGUAUCAUGGCGUACAUGAGGGAGCAUGAUAUCGCGGAUAGACGAGMYGUGGACGUCCAUCARGGCAGUGGCAGGGGCYGGACRGGUGGGACACAGUCACGRCCACAGGAGCGUGAUGCUGUGGAGGAGGUGGAGGAGUUCCUUGCCGAGGAGGCGAGGCGAGCAGAGGCCCGGGGCGGUGAGGAGGGUGGAGGGGCAGGCCCGACACCCGAUAUGCCGGGAGAGGAUGUGGUUAUGACUGCGCGAGGAAAGAUGCCGGUGGAGAGUGGAGUUGAGGGCGUGCCACAGGGGCGCAAGAGACAGCGGCAGUCGACCGCAUUGGACACCAGACCUCCUGUCUUUAAGGGACGCGGGAUUACUAAAUACCUCGAGAAGUGGGAGCUUCAUGCGUAUCGUAAUCAAUGGACAGAGGAUGAGAUUAUUGAUAAUCUAUUAUUCAACUCCGAUCCGAGCCUAAGCCAGGAGAUCAAGGAGGCGCGUCCGACUGACAGGAAAUGGGCCACGUACAAGAAAAAUUUGUACGAGCUCUACAAAUUAGAGAACAUUCGAUACUCAAUCAAAGACCUCGAAUCGAUGACUAUAGAAAAGGACGAGAGUGUUCGAGCCUUCGGGAGGCGAUUCCAGAAGGUGUCGGACGCUCUAAUCAAGAGAAGCUUUCUGAGGUGGAGCGAUGUACGAUUUUCAUUGAGCGACUACCAAAAGGAAAGCAGAAGAAAUUCCGAUCCGUGGAGGAUUGUAGGGGAAAGGAACCCCCGCACGCUCGCAGAUUAUCGAGCUCGUGAGAGGGCCGAGGAUGAUUCCUGGAGGAGGAGAGACGAUGAGAUCGAUAGAGAUCGUCGCACCGACCGAUAUUGCCAGGACGAUGGGUAUUACAGGGAAAGACGAUUCGAGCAGUACCCACAGAGCCCUAGGUACGGCCGGAAUCCUGAUGGUUUCCGGAGCCCUGGGAACUUUACACACAGGGAUGGAGGAGAUUUCCGCGGACACUGGGAACCUGAUCAUGAUCGGAGAGACGGAUAUCGUGGAGAAUAUGAUAGGACGGACAGAGGAGUCGACAGACGUCCCGAUUCCAGAAGGGACAGGCGUGAUGAUACUCGAGGGGACAGGAGUGAUGAUACUCGAGGGGGCCGGCGAGACGAUUCCCUUGGACGAUAUGACCGAGGAGGAUACCCUGCCUCAGCAGCGAGAGGAUCGCCGCCAAGAGCGGGAGAAGAUAGACUUCCGACCCCAAGGAGCACUUGCAUCUAUUGCAAGGGGGAUGACCAUGUAAAGAGAGAUUGCCCCGACCUCAAGCGGGCUAUAGACGAUGUGAUCGUAGUGCUUGACGACCGAAAGUACGUCAAGUGGGCGGAUGACCUAGGAGAUGUCUCAAUGUUUCCUUCGAUGAAGGAAAACGUCGACGCCAGACGAGUACGCCCCAGCAAAGGGAAGAAAGUAGCGAGGAGUCGGAGCAUCAGGAUAGUGAUGUCGUCGGACGAGGACGAGCCUACAACGCAUAUCCGAGUUGCGGCGACGAAAUCCGCCAGACCAUCAUCAUCAAAGAAGACGGACACCGAUUAUGUGAUGGCAGAAAAGAAUGGACAGAGGAUUGAUGGAGAGGAAGUAAUGUUGUCACCACGGAAGCGCGGAGCUCGCAAGUUCACAAUGAAGAGCUCAUUGGAUGAUAUUGAUACAGUGGAGCCUAUCAGACGCGCGCUUAGACAACCCAUGCAGUGCUCGAUACUCGAGUACUUGGCGGCUUCCUGACUUGCACGAGACGAGCUACAAAUGA